ACAGGAAAUACAAGUGAACCUACAGCAAAACAAAAGCAAACUGAUGCGAAAUCAUCUAAAAUAGAUAACUCUGACUAAAAAUGGACACUGUAGAUACACGGUCAACAAGUAACGAUUCGCGCUGCGUAUUUUUUAACACACAUUCCGAAGACUAUCGAUGCGUGGUGAUUUUAACAGUAAAACGAGCCACAGGCACCAUCUCCUUAGCAGGAUGUCUCUUCAUGCUGUUUGUGAUCUGGCUGCUUCGCAGAUAUCACUCUUUGGCUCAGAAGAUGAUUCUCAGCCUGACUGUCGCCGCCUUUUUCGACAGCGUAGCAUAUGUCAUGGGCGAUUCACAUCCAGAGGGGUCUCUUUGUGACUUCCAGGCCUGGUGGCUAACUUACUUUGACUGGAGCUCCUUGGCCUGGGUUUGCCUCAUCACUUUGAACCUGUACCUCAACCUGGUCCGAGAAAUAAGCACCAACAGAUUUGAGAUGUUUUACCAUCUGGUGGCGUGGGGGGUCCCUCUGGUCAUGGCCUCUUUACCCCUGCUGAAGGGUUACUACGGCCCCGCGGGAGCCUGGUGCUGGAUCACAGACGAUCACGUAGCCUGGAGAUUUGGGAUAUGGUACGUGCCGCUGUUCUGCCUCAUCUUUCUGAUGAUCAGCUGCUACGCCAGGAUCAUCUGCGUGGCCAAUCAGAGGUUGCAGUCAUGGCUGGGAACCUUCAACCCGGAGAGGGAGAGACGAAAGGUGUCGUUGGCUGAGGAGAUCAGGCCGUUGAAGUGGUAUCCCUCCGUCUACCUGCUGGUGUCCAUCUUUCCCCUCGUCAACAGACUCCACAAUGCCUUCUACCCACAGGACCCGUCCUUCUCCCUCACCUUGUUGCAUGUCCUGUCGGCGCCACUUCACGGCUUGGCCAAUGCCUUUGUCUUUGGCCUGGAUCGGGAUUGGUGGAGUCUACUGAGCCCCACAGGCCUGCAGCUGGCUCUGCAGUCGCGGCUGUGUGACAGGACUCGGAUCGGAGAGUACCACCCCGGGGCCGUGCGCUACACACAAGCUGACCUGGUCGACCUCAGCGAUGACGAUGACACCAACGUGCUCUUCUACUCCCCCGACAUGACCCUGAAAGGCAGGGCGCCCUGAGAGAGAGAGAGAGCGCUGAGAAGGGAGAGAGAGAGUAGACAAAAGAGCUGAAGGAAGGAGGGUCACAGCCAGAGAGAAGCGCAGCAGAUUAGAAACCGAGAGGAAGAAAAAAAGAGGUAGGGAGGGUAUGGAAGGGAAGAUUGGGGGGACAGUCAGGCAGAUAGAAGCCGGAGAUGAGCUGUCAGGUUCCAUUAUUAAUCCCCAUCCUUUACUAUUUAAUAUCCUAAAGACACACACACACACAGAGACACACACACACUAUGUGUAGAGCAGCAGCUCCCUGCAAUGCUAUCAGCCAAAAGGAGUGGCUCCAAAGAUCCUCCGAAUGUUAAAGAUAUCUGCUGCAUCCCAAAGGUCUUAAACCGAUUUCCCUCUCUGCAUCACCUCCUUGAUUCCUGCAUUCUGCAUCUGUGCGCUGGCAAACCACAAAAAAAUGAAGGGAGGAAUAAAAAAAAGAUAAAGGACGCCUGAAAGGCAAUCAUAACAAGGUGUUAGUUUAGCAUUCGCAGCAAUUACCUUUUCACUUUUCUGCAGGAGAUGAGGUGAAAGCAGGCCUUUCAAAAAGCCCCCCCCCGUGUGUCAGACAUGAAAGCAUCUUCCACUACACGUAGAUUGAUCCCAGCACUGAACUACUUCCCUGACAAUGAGCGAGGAACAGUGGAAAUACAGAAAAGGGGUUUUAAAAACAGUCACCAUUACCUGGUGGUAGAAAAAAAGUCCCAGAACACCAGUGGUGCUUGUAAGGAGCCUCUCCUUCCUCGGACAGUAUUCGUUUUUCUCUUUGUAUCUGAAUUGUAUGUUACUGUUGUUUGCAACUUUCGGAAGUAUUUCUUUGAAAAGCUUGUUUUGUAUCUUUUAUGAAAUCCUGAACUUGUUUCUAAUGUAUUUAUAUUAUAGGUCAAUGUACUGUAUAUCUGUAUAUAUUUGAGUAUUCACUCUAUUUUUGUACGUGCCUUGGACUGGAUUGUGAAGAAAAGGCUUCUCUAGAUCCAAAAAGUCGAGCAAGAGCUUGAUUCAAUAUGUAGCCUUAAGAACAAGGGACAAAAAAAGGAGCAUUUUUUCUAGUCAAACAAACACUUACACACACAAGCUGUUUUCAGACAUGAAAAUCGGGUCGGACAUUUUCCGGACACUCCCUUCACAAAUGAAUCAGGCAGCAGGAGGUUGUCUGGGACUCAGAACAUCAGGAGAAUGUUUGUCACAUUAUGGGGAGGGUUGACCCCUAAGUAGAGAAUGCAGGGGGCAGUAUAAAUUCAACUGCGAAAAAGUGUUUUGUUUACAGCCCAUUGGCUCUUAUCAGCAUAUUUCCUGAAUCUUGUCUUCCUAUGUGUAUAUCACCCUGAGAUAUCUGUAUUCUUUUUAGUUUUUCCCAGUUUUGCAUCUGUCACAUUUUAGAAACGGCAUCAACACACCCGAUUUUGCAGAUAUUUUUCUGCUUUAUUCUCACUGACGUUUUACUCCGCGGCUGGCAAGACAAGUUCCGGAAAAACCUGGCGCCAGUGAGACAUUUGCAUUCUCACAGUCCAGUCCAUCUGGAAAAUUUCUUGGAAAAAACGUCCAGUGGUCAGUUCAUGUCUGAAUGCAGCUAUUGGCCACUAGACACACGUGAUUCUCAUUAAAUGUCCAGGUCAAAAACCCAUUGGAAAAGAUGACACGUGACACAGCAACAGCCGGUGACGCUUUGUCUUGUCGCGGCCUGCUGCCGUUGAGGGGACAUAUAGCUGAGGUGUGAUUGGCAGGAUAAUAGAGUCACUUUAUAUUCAACCUAUAGCCCCAUGUGGGUCCCGUCCCCCCCCACCCCCCCUUACACACACACAUGUAAAGGUUCCAUCAGUGUGGGUGCACUGCCUGCUGUCAGCUGCCUCUCUGACAGAGUUGAUCUAAUGAACCGACACUUGACCCUUUUUACCCUUGAGUUGUUGAACUUUUCUGCCGGACGUGGAUGACACCAGAGUGCAACUUUGCUCUGCAGCUCCCAGAGGCCCACCGCACUCACACACACACACACGCACAGACACACACACACAUGUACUGAGCCCCUACCCCUCUUUUGGCACUGUUGCUCGUUUUACUUGACUGCGCACUCCAUCAAAUAAAUGAGCAGGAGAGACAUUUCAUAACAAA